AUGGCGGGGCAUUCUUUACCCACCUCUAUAGAGGACCAUAACCCCGGCCCUAUAGCGGUGCACCCUUUACCCACCUCUAUAGAGGACCAUAACCUCGGUCCUAUGGCGGGGCACCCUUUACCCACCUCUAUAGAGGACCAUAAGCCCGGUCCUAUAGCGGUGCACCCUUUACCCACCUCUAUAGAGGACCAUAACCUCGGUCCUAUGGCGGUGCACCCUUCACCCACCUCUAUAGAGGACCAUAAGCCCGGUCCUAUGGCGGGGCACCCUUUACCCACCUCUAUAGAUGACCAUAAGCCCGGUCCUAUGGCGGGGAACCCUUUACCCACCUCUAUAGAGGACCAUAACCCCGGUCCUAUGGCGGUGCACCCUUUACCCACCUCUAUAGAGGACCAUAAGCCCGGUCCUAUGGCGGGGCACCCUUUACCCACCUCUAUAGAUGACCAUAAGCCCGGUCCUAUGGCGGGGAACCCUUUACCCACCUCUAUAGAGGACCAUAACCCCGGUCCUAUGGCGGGGCACCCUUUACCCACCUCUAUAGAGGACCAUAAGCCCGGUCCUAUGGCGGGGCACCCUUUACCCACCUCUAUAGAGGACCAUAAGCCAGGUCCUAUGGCGGUGCACCCUUUACCCACCUCUAUAGAGGACCAUAAGCCCGGUCCUAUAGCUGUGCACCCUUUACCCACUCCUACAGAAGACCUCUAG